AUGUAUGCACCAAAUUUCUCUUUUGGACAGGGGAACAGUACGCAAUCUUUCAACCCUAAUGGUGGUCAUCCACAGGCUCCUCAAAAUGUCCAUCAACCGGGUCAACAACAGCCUCAGCACAUGAUGUAUAAUACUCAACAAUACGGAGCCGGAGGUCAUCAAUCGCCUUACGGCACGUCUGGCCCCGGCAUGGCUAGUAACGCCGGUGGGAUGGGAAUGAUGCAGAAUAACGGUGCGCAUAUGGCGGGUGGAAAUGUUCCUUCCUAUCAAACACCAUAUACAAGCUCUCCUUACGGCAACAAUAUCGCUACUUCCUCUUCCGUAUCACACCCUCCAAGCUUCAUGCCAACCACUUCAAAUGCGCCCCCACAAUAUGGAAUGAACCCUUCCACAAUGAUACCACAACAGCAGCAGCAUCAAAUACAGCGUAUGCAGCCACCGCCAUCUUCUACACCAACGCCGACGUCGGCGACUUCCCGUGUCUCUCCCUACGGAAAUUUUUCCCAAAGCACACCACCAAGUGCAUCUACCACACAAUUCGCUGUACCAAAAAAUCUCAGUCAUCAACAUCACCAAACGCCUAAUAAUCCUCAACAAGGAGCAAUGAGUCUGACACCGCAGACGCCGAACUUUCCACCAGGGUCGCGGAAUCCAGAAGUUGCGGGAACCGCCAUGGCUACACCACUAAGUCCUGGCUCGGAGCUUCGAGAGAAAGAGAGGGUCACCGUACUCCUAGAUAUCAAUGGAGAGAUAUUGAUAGAAGUUAUGCGAAUUAUCGCACUUCAAACUGAAUUGAAGAGUAAUCAAACGGAAGAUCCUGCUGAAAAGGCAAAGCUUGAGGCAGAGCAUAAAGUUCUGGCAAGCGAAUAUAUUCAAUGUAUGCGACGACUACAAUCCAAUCUAGCCUAUCUUGCCGCAAUCGCCGACCGUACUCAUAAGCCCGCGGCUCAGGUCCCCUCACAUCCCGCAGUCCUGUUUGCACCAUCUCUUACACCCAAACCAGCACAUACCGACCCUACAUCUGCGAUCACGAACGGCGGUGAUUCAGCGUCGACACCCGAAGAAAGAUAUGAAGAUCGCAGUGAGAUCUUGAAAGAUUUAUAUAAGCGGUUACAAGCCCUAUACCCCGGCGUUGAUCCAAAAAAAGAAAUACCUGCUCAAUCAGUAAACGCAGUAGCUAGAGCACAGGCACAAGCACAACAGCAUGCGCAACAAAUGCAGUCACAAGCGCAGAAACAAGGUGAUAUGGGACAAAGCAUACAAAAUAUGACGGGAGGACAAAAUGUUAUGGGCCAAGGUCAAAGUCAAAACCAAAGUCAAGGGCAGGGCCAGGGGCAAAUGGUUCAAGGCGGUAUGGCUCAAAUGCAACAGCAUCAGCAGCAAGGUCAACAAAAUAUGGGAAUAUCAGGUCUCAAUCAAAAUCAAUUACAGCAACAGCAACUAUUACAGCAGCAACAACAACAUCAACAUCAGCAGAAGAUGCAAAACGAAAUGAUGCGACAAAGGAUGAUGCAGGAGGCACAAAAGAGCCAACAACAGCAUAUGAUGAACAUGGGACAAAUGCCAGGAAGAUAA